CGGUAACGGAGGAAAGCAAGGGCCGACCUGUACGGAAGGGCCGUUCCCACUUGUGAGCGACUGGCUGGCACAGGGCGCCUCUGCAGCCCCUUCGAGCGGCGGAGGCAGCCGCUGGGAGAGCCGCUUGGAGGCAGUGCGGGGCCUCCCGCCGGGCCCGGGCCUGCAGUGGCGGAACGCAACGGCGGGCGCAGGUUGCGGAGGGCCGCUUUGAGCAGGGCACAGCGCGGCGCGGCGGGCGGCGGCGAGCCGCGGUACCGGCAUGAGGGAGCUGGCGCCCGGCCCGAAGAUGGAGUGCGACAUCUUGGACGCGCUGGAGGCCUUGGGGUACACUGGUCCCCUCUUGGAGGAGGAAGCCCUGAACAAAGCAGCAGAAAAUGGAUUGUCUUCACCAGAAUUUUUUGAGCUUUGUGUUUGGUUAGGUUCCCAAAUAAAGUCACUUUGUAAUAUGGAAGAAAGCAUCUCUUCAACAGAUGGUGAUAAAGAUAUAGAAAGCUUCCAGCUUGAGAUUAGUGGCUUUCUGAGAGAAAUGUCUUGCCCGUAUUCAUCACUUAUAUCUGGAGACAUCAAGGACAGAUUAAGAGAGAAAGAAGAUUGUCUUAAACUCCUCUUAUUUCUAAGUACAGAACUUCAGGCUUCAAAGAUACUGCACAGCAAGAAAAUUAAAGGCUCUCAUUUGGGAAAGCACAAUGAAGUUCAUCAGGAAGUACAAGCUAUUUGUGAUGCACUGGGCCUGCCGAACUCCUCAUCUUCUGAUAUUCCUCUCUUGUUAACCAAUGUGGAACAAAAGAUAAAGGACAUUCUCUCAAAAGUUCAAAACAACCACGUGGGGAAAUCACUGCUAACAAAACCUCUGAAUUCUGACCAAGUGGAAAAAUUGGAAAAAAUCAAUGAUGCUCUUCGCAGUGAGUACGAAUGUCGCCGACGGAUGUUAGUGAAGAGGCUGGAUGUGACGGUACAGUCAUUUGGCUGGUCUGAUAGAGCAAAGGUAAAAACAGAUGACAUAGCACGAAUCUAUCAGCCCAAGCGCUAUGCAUUAUCUCCAAAGUCAACUAUUACGUUAGCUCACCUUCUCGCUGCUCGAGAAGAUUUAUCAAAGAUCAUGAGAACAAGUAGUGGAUCAACACGGGAAAAUACAGUCUGUGCGAUCAACAAGGUUCUGAUGGGUAGAGUACCUGACCGUGGAGGCAGACCAACAGAGAUUGAACCACCUCCUCCUGAAAUGCCUCCUUGGCAAAAACGACAAGAAGGUGGUGGAAGAGGUGGCUGGGGAGGUGGAGGUGGAGGUGGUGGUGGAAGGGGCAACUGGGGGGCUGGAGGGGGUAGAGGAGGAGGGGGUGGGGGCUUUGGGGGUGGGGGCUUUGGGGGUGGAGGUUUUGGAGGUGGGGGUUUCAGAGGUGGUGGAAGAGGAGGAGGUGGCUUCCAAGGUGGCAGGGGAGAUUAUGGUGGCAGAGGAGAUUAUGGUGGCAGGGGGGGUUAUGGUGGCAGGGGAGGCUAUGGUGAUCCGUAUGGUGGAAGGGGAGGGGGAGGAUACCGAAGAUACUAAAAGAUACUAAAAUACUGUAAAUAAUAAUAGAGUAACUGGCAAAAUACAGUGGUGGUGUUUACUGAUAUCAGGAAUUUAGAUAUGUUAACUUUGGUUUAGCUUAGAAUUAAGUAUGGUCAUAUGAAUCAUUGCAUUAGACCAGCUGAUGUUGUCAUUGAAUUCUUUUAGUUAACUGAACAGAACUUUUAUACUAAAAUGUGAUGACUAAAGUCCUUGUUUUUCGUACUGCUCAUAUGGUGUUUUUUAAUAUGUCUUUUUAUUUAAAAUAAGUCUCAGAAAACUGAAUAAACCCCUUUAUAAGCAAACAAAAAGUAUAUUAUUUGAUGUUUAGGCUUCUCUAAUUAUUGCAUGUUGCAUGUCCACUCCCCUGCUCUAAAAUGCUGUGUAGAAAAAAACCAAAAUGGUCCUAGGAACUGGAUGGAAACACUUUCAAAAGACUCUGGAAUCUUGUUUUCAGGCUUUUUUUCUUCAUCUAGUUUUCAUGCGGGACAAGUAAAUGAUUUUUAAUAUCAAGUGUUGAAAUCCUUAAGGCUUUGGUCAAAAUUACUCGAUUUGGUUUCUUAUGCUUCCAGAGCUUCAUAUAAAAGUAACAUUCUGAAUUAAUACUCUACAGAAACUAACGAAACCAAGUUGUUUUGUGUGUUCCUAAAUAUAUGAGAGACUGAAGGUCAGAGCACAUACCAUAAAUUCAGAAUCAUGGUGCGUUUUGAUAGUGUCUAUCUUCAUAUAACCUCUUUUCCAUUUUAUUGUUGUUUCAUAAAAAUAUUUUAAGAUCAGAUUGGGUAGGAAACUUCUGCAGCCAUCAUAUCUGGUAAGGGUUCAUUUAUAUAUUCCUUCUGAAUCAGCCUUCAGACAUGAAGGUUGAAUAAACUGAGCUUCUUGAGAAAGAAUAUACCAUUUCUUUGGGGUUUUUUCCUUUGCUUUUUUUUUUCCUCCCCUGCCUGCCAAUUGUUUGGGCAUCGUGGACUGCCCUGCUAAUAAGACAUCUACACUAGUUACCCUUUGUCAAUGACUUGUCUCUCUCUUACUCUGCCAGACAAUUAGUCUGAUAGCCUAAGAGAAACUGUCUUGAUAUUGUAAGGGUGCCUUCUCCCUCACAGACUGUGUCAGCCUAGAAGGAGCAGUUAGAUUUCAUACAGUUAUGGCUGUAAAUACAUGUAGACAAGAAUAAAAUUUAGAGCUGUCAUUUAAAGAAGACAGUUUCUGUUGUCCAGAGUCUUUUAGAUCUCUCUCCCCUGCUUUGAGGCCACUCCUGAGUACAGAGGUAGAACAGGGAGAUGAUUCCCAGGUACAUACUCUUGACAGUGUUUACCAUGGUCAUGUUACUACAGAGAGAUUUGGGAAGGCACCUGAUGAACCUGGGGAUGUUUGUUGAUUGCAUAUCACAGCAGCUGUGAAGCAUUUUGAGUUAUGACCUGUAAGCUUAGCUGCAGGUUGAACUUUAGGAUUUUAUUUUGGUUUUAUGUUCCACAGUUAUGAGUAUUUUCUGCACAAAUUUCCUGUGGGUGUCCAUAUUCGGUGUGCUCGAAAGAUGUUCUUUUACCUUCAGGAACAUGUGCGUCAUGUCCUGUUUCAUAAGCAGCUUUAUGCAUGAAUGUAAAGCUCUGUUCAAAAUCAAAUUAUUGUUUCUUUCAAAAGCCUGUGUCAGAUUUUGUUGAUGAGCCAUCACCAACCUUACCAUUUGAAAGUUUAAUCCAAAUAAACUUCAGAAGUUUCUGUCCUGUUCCUCUGUGAUCACAGUCUGCUUGAGAAUGCUGCUUGUGAUAUGGUAGAUGCAGCCUAGCUAAAUAUAGUUCCUCUGCCAGGUUUGUUUUUGUUUUUCUACACUCCUUUCUGACCUAAGCUGUUGUCAGCCUCUGCAGUCAUUAUGGAGGGACCCUCAUGGGUCAUGUGGAAGCAUAAUACUGGUUUCCUUGUGUUUGAGCUUGAUUUUUUACCUAAUCCUCUGGAAUUGCUCAGAAAUUGAUGACAUACCAGGUGAGACCAUGGGCCUUGGAGGUAAAAUGUCAGUCAGCAAAGGAAUGGAGUAGUUUGGAACAACCAAAGCCUUAAUAUAAAAUUCAUUUUUUGCUAAAAGUAAUUUUGGAACAGCAGUCAAACAUUUAGCUUCACCAAAGAAAAAAUGCUAAGAAAAUCGAAUGGCUUAUCUAUGCAUAAAGAUUUCAUCAGUCUUAAGAUGUGAAGUUGGGCUGUUUUAGUUGAGCUGUUGUAACUGUGGAUGUGCCUCGGUGCUUUUACACUCCUCAGUUUGUCCUGAUAGGGCAGGUUUGAAUGAAGUAAACCAUCAAGUGAAACAGCUGUAUGCCCACAAGUAAUUCUAACAGUUAAAUUAUUUCAGUGUCAUAUUUCAAUUAUACUUAUGUAGACCAUGUAAAAGAUGGGAAUUUCAAUAGGUUAAAGAUUUUUUUUUUUUUUGUAAUCUGGCCAUUUCAGUUUUUUUAAAUAAUUCCAAAAUGUGAAGCUGGUAUUUGAAAACUGAAGUAAGCACCACCACAUUUCAUAGAGGUAUCCUUUCUGUCCUCUGUUGUCAGAACAUUUGCUAUUAAUUUAUCAAAAGAUGCAAUAAUACCAUGAAAAUAAUUGAUUUGAACCUCUUAAAUUUUGUAUGUCUGUCUUGAAAAAAUAGUGUUUUCAAAAUUCUGUUGUGAGUAAAAGAUUUUCAUAUAUAUGUUUGAGCAUUUUUGUGUUUAUUCACACCUAGUGAAUAUCUACCUGAAUAUUGUUUUGGUUGAUAAAGAAUUGAAAAAUAGGUUGGGUGGGGUUUUUUUUCAGGAUUUGAGAGAGACACACUUUUGUUAACAGCUGUAAACACUAAGGAAUAAAGUACUGUACUUGAA